CUCAGUUAUCGUCCUUGAAAAACUACUUCAGCCGCUGACCUGAAUAUCGUGGCUUGAGGUUGUUUCAAUCUAAAAAUGUUUUCGGGUAGUCUAAUACCUAUUCGUUUACAUAAGCAAGGAAUUCAGCUAACCAAGAUGACCUCCAAUAUAGUCCGACACUUCAGUAGUGGUCAGUAUUGGCGAACAGCUUUCAAAAUGCUUGAAAAAGGUGUUGGCCCCGUUAAUGUAGGCAGUACUUCAAGUAUAACCAAGGUGAAUCAGUUUUGUAACCCAUUCUUCAAUGCAGCCAGAUUUUAUUCACGUUUCUCUUAUUCUACGUCCAGUUCAUCUGUUUCUAUAUUUCCAUCUUUGACCGGUAAAUUCAUUUCUUCCACACCGCGGCUCUUCACCUCUCAACCUCAACUUGCCAAUGUCACCUCAAGUCAGCAUUACCGGCUGCUACACACAGAAGUUGAUGCUGAACUCUCCAGAUUUUUAGAGAAAGAAAUCAGUCUUGGCCAAAAUACAAAAAAAUAUCCCGCCAAACUUCCAGUAAUUGACGGAUUUGACAUUGUUACAGACAACGCCAAAAUCACUCUAACAAAGACUUUAGGCAAUGAAACAAUUACUAUCAAUUUGAACAUAAACCAUUCUGUUGAUGCCGAUGAAGCCGAAGUUGUCAACGAGUCCCAAGAUGAAGAUGUAACCCAGAUGGUUUCUCGUCCUCCAUUCACUGUGGAUAUCAACCAAGGUGGCACUGAGACGUUUGCUCUUCAAUGUUCUUUUCCAACAGAUAUCGAUGAUGACCUUGCAGGAAAGGAUGACGCUAUGGUUGACCAAUUUCAAAUUGAUGAAGUAACUCUCCAUGAGGGCGACUGGAACGAUAAAAUGUACAGUCUUGGGGCUGAAACAAUGGAUGGGAAUCUUUAUGACCUGCUUAUGGAUAUGCUCGACGAACGUGGAAUCAAUGAUGAGUUCAUUAACCAAUUGAUGGAUUUCUGUACCGUUUACGAACACAAGAGAUAUUUAUCCUUCCUCAAUGGAAUCAAACGGUUUGUUGAUAAAAAAUAAUUGUUACCGAUGCUAAUUGAGCCACUGAGUGUUAUUUUUUGAUUUAGUUGUUUAUACACUGUAGUUGUCAGUGUAUAUAAGUGAAUAAAGGUUUUGAAAUAUAAAUUGAAACAUUUUCAAAAAGAAAUGGCCAAAACACAGAAACAAACAAACAAACAAUAAAGGAAAGGCUUAGAAAAGCCGGUGUAAAUGGUGUGAAUGAAAAAGCAUUAUUUCAACCGUGUAGAUGUAUUGUGAUGUAAUGAAAUAAAAUUUUUCCU